GGAAUAUUUCGGAUCAAAUUCGUCGCUCUAACUCGUCACCAAGGAAGCGCUGUAACAACACAAACAGGGCGCUCAUAUUUAACCACUUUAGACUUCGGAAACAUUCACAAUUCACCAGUUGGACGCCAGUGUGGUCAAACAGCAGACGUGACCUUUAGUUGAAUCGUAUCUCUGAGACAGAAGCUUCAACAUGGGAGUCAAGGAUGGAUUUAUGUCAGCCAAUGUCGCAACAAAAAUAGCUUUGUUUGUGAUACUCUUAGCAGAUGUCGUCAAUUGGAUUGCUUUCUGUACAACAUCCUGGCAAGUUAUUGAGUCAACCAAAUCGUACACAGGGCUGUGGAGGUACUGUGUCGGAGCAGGGGCAUGCAGUAUGCUCGAUGGGUCAACUGACGAUAACUUCGAUGCCAUUCAGGCUUUCGCCAUCUUUGGCUUUAUUGCACUGAACGUCGGCUUUCUUCUCAUCGUCCUGUACAUGUUCUGGGGAAGUUGCAAAGGAAACGCUGAAACUGGCAUUGCUUCAGCCAUCACUCUCUUUGUUUCAGCUGGCUGUUGGCUGAUUUCUGUGGCCAUUUUCGGUGACAAAUAUGAUGAGGCAGGAAGGUUCGGCUACUCUUACGCCCUGGCAGUAUGUGCUCUCAUCUUGGCUCUGAUUGGUGGGAUCAUCAUGAUCAUAGGUGGCCGAGGUAACAGCGCUGUCAGCUCGAAGUAAAUGGAAAAUGUAAAAAGAGAUGAGACGAGAUCUAAACUGUUGUAUAUUUAGAGAAUUUCCAUCGAAGCCAGUAUUUACAUUCACUAACACGCAGCACUAUAAAAUGUUACGAGCUAAAGUCUCGCAAUGUGAACCAAACGAAACAUAGAUGUACUGAAUCUCAUAUACAGACACAUUCGAAAAGCAUUCUCUGUUGUACAUUAUGUCUGUUUUUAUUUGUAUUCAUGCUAUUUAUUGACAAACUAACACACGUUUUAGCUUCUGAUUGAUUAUAAUGGAUUAUAACAUCAGGCAAACAUUACUUUUUACUUACAUAUAAACAUCAGUAAUGCUUCAGACGAAGAGGCAGAUUUAAAAAGCAUCAUCCUAAGCAAGCGUCUUUAGUUUCUUAUUAAAUAUAAAAAAUUGUAAGUUAAAUCAAAACAUUGGUUUAAGUUUAAUUCUUUUUAAAAAGUUUUAUAUAUGUACAGUUUUACUUUGUAACUUUUCCGUCCUUAUUUUAUUACUCAAACAAUGAUCUAUAUAUUUUGAGAUCAAUUAUAUAUCUAUAUUGCAAUGCAUUUAGAUGUUUAGGAUCGAAGUAAAUGUAUGUCUAGGAUAUAAAUAGGUUUAUGGAGAUUGUUAGAAAACGAUGCAAGUAAUUGAAGAAGUUAGUUAUGUUGUUUUUUUUUUUUCAUUUCAUUUGAUAAAACUUGCCUACAAAAGCUACACAUCUGUCUUAGCUUUUUUUAAAUAGUUUAUACAAAGAUUUAUCUACGCAUUGUAUUUUUAUUUAAUGUAACAGCCUUGAAUAUUUACGAUUUUUAAAAACAAAAGUAAAAUGUUUAUGAAUGUUAAAAUGA